GAUUACCUCAUUUCCAUAACAUAAUCAGAGGGCGAGGGCGUGACAGACACUUGCGAUAAGUAACGCUAUACCUCAUCCCUCACAUUGACGUCACAGCAUGUUCAUCUCACUGGGUGAUGGGAGAGUGGGUGUGUUUAACAAGGGGGACUUCAUUCAUAAAUACAAAUAGCUUUGAAAGAUCGAAUUAAAGAGAAGAUCUGAGAAUCGUCUGCGAGUGUUUUUGUCUCAUGGACCACAUGAAUUACAGUUAGGGGGGACACUCUCUCUGGCCUGGACCAUGAGCAAUGACUCUGCUGUAUGGAAAAACCUUACAGAACACUCCACGGAUGUCCCCGUGUCAUCAGGGACACAGAAUGGCUAUGUUCUCCUGCUGGUCCUCUUGUCCAUCUUUGUCGGGGGGACGUUGGUCCUACUCUCGGUUCUUCUGAUUUUGUGUCGCCGCUGUUGUGAAGGUGACAGACGCCAUGCAUGGUUCAUUCUUUGCCUCAGGGCUAGUGAUGAUGCUGAGAAAAGUAAUACCACCUAUAUUGAGGAGGCCCAGCCAGUGCAUGAGAUUACAAUUCGCGUGGAUGAGUCAGACUGCCUGUCGGCAGCCAGCUCCCACGACAUGGAGACCGAGCGUUUCCUCUCCACGGGCACCACUGGCCGCCGGGUCUCCUUCAACGAAGCGGCGCUCUUCGACCACAGCAAGAAGACGCAGGAGAAAGGUCGAAGGUACACGCUGACGGAGGGCGACUUUCAUCAUUUAAAGAACGCGCGGCUCACCCACCUCCACCUCCCUCCCCCUGCCCUGCACAUACUCACCAUCCACGAGUGUGAGUCAUCCGAGAACAGCAUCGCCAUGACAACGAGGCCCGUCGCUAAAUCCAGCCUCUCCAUUUUUCAGCCACCAGUAUGUUCACUGCCCCAAACUGCCCUGACCAGUCGAAGCCUCAGCCCCAGUUCUGCCCUUCCCGGUGAUGCUCUCAAUUCUGUUGUGGACAAGUUUUGUGAAAGUAUCACAAAAACCGGUCCUGAGCCCUCUAGCCCCUGUCUAAUGGAGGUAAGGGGAGGAGUGGUUCGGACGACAGGCAUGAUGGGUAAUGGUAGAGAGGGUACGUCUGCCUCAGUUACGGCCCUGUCAUCCCCUGGCGGGCCCCUGCAGGGACCCAUGCAACAGUUCUUCACCAAGCUCCGGCGUCACGCCAGUCUGGAAGGAGCAAGUCCUUACUUGAAGAUAAAAAAGUGGAAAUUUGACAGCAGCCAAAGAGCUUCAAGUCUAGAAAUGAGAGGCUCUCCCAAACGGAGGCACUUUCAGAGGCAGCGUGCGGCCAGCGAAAGCAUGGACCAGGAGGAUCAUGACGCCCAUCAUAUCGACCUCAUCCAGUACAUCGCUCGCACCAAGGACGUUACCUACUGCCCCACCCGGCCCAGUCCACGUCUCCUAUCCCCCCCUUCAACACCCCCACCCUCCCUCGGCAGGUUAGAGGUGGAGGUGGUGGUGGAGCCCAGUUGCAGCAGAGCAAUGGGGCCGGGGGUGAUAGGCCUCACCUCCGAACCCCCUGAUGAGAGCUUUGGGAUGGGAUGCCAUCAAGAGAGCUUAGAACCUCAGACCUUGUACCGUGAUAUCUGGACUCUUCGUGCCUCGCUCGAGCGUUAUGUCUCCUCAGACCAGAGCAGCAACAAUGACAAAGAUUCAGUCCGUAGUGAUGCAGAAAGUGUAUGUUCUCUAGGGGGUAGGACUGAGAUGGGUGGGCUUCCUAGAUACCCUUCGCAAGAUAUUGGAGAUGAGAUGGAUGCGGACCUGCCGAUAGACGAAGUGGCUGAAAAAAGACGCAAGCAGGAUAGUGUAGAUUCAGAAAAGGGAAGUGAUGGAGAAUCGGGAAACCGCAAGCUUUUGCAGAUGGACAGUGGUUAUGCGUCUAUAGAAGCCCCUUCUCGCGCUCCUGAGGAGCUGCGACUGUUCGGGAGCAGCAGUAGUAGUAAAGACGGCUCGGCUGUGGAGCGCAGGCAUUUCUUCAGUUCUGGACGCAAAGGAACCGUUUGCGAGAGCUUCGACACGGACAUCUUUGACGAGGAACUGGAGGAGGAACCCGCAGGUGCUAGCGGCGGCGUCGACGGAGUGGAAACCGAUGAGAGUGCGAUUUUGUGGUCCCCCUACGGUCAGAUGUUCACUCAGCGUGACGCUAAACCUCACCCCCCCGUCCUUUCUCGACGUGACUACAGCAUCGAUGAGAAAACGGAAGCUUUAUUUCACGAGUUCUUGCGGCACGAUCCGCAAUUCGAUCAGCAGGAGUCACCGUUGCGUUCCAAGCAUCGUUCCCGUGUACACCUGCGCAAACAGUGGCAGCGUUCCAAGCAGUACAGCGAUCCGGGUCAGCGCUUCCAAACGUCUUUCGACCGGUACCGCAUUCCACUUCGACGCGGCGAAACGGUCAACUACCCUCUAGAGACUAGCUACCACAGCACGCUUCCGCGAAUCGUCAGCGCACCCGACGAAGAGAGCAGCGAAGGUACGACCAGUACUCCGGAAACACCUAAAACAGAUCAGGACACUGCUAGUCAGGAUACAGCGACGGAUGCGAAAGAUGGCAAGACAGAAAUAUCUUCUAGCUCUGACAGUAGUGGAACCAUUAAUGAAAAGGAGGUUCUUGAAGCAUCGCAAUUGAUCACUGAAACUGCCGCGGAGCAAGCAGUGGGUCGGGAGAACUUUAGUCAAGCGUUUCCACCUCCCGAGCCACCUGAUCAAAGUAUACCCAAAACAAGCUACGGCCCACAGACAAUCACAGAAGAGCUAAGUGACAAACUAGCAGCUACCCUCGAUGAGCGACUGUACUCGGAUCUGCGCAGGACCCGGGAACAGCCCGAUUGUAGUGCCGUGACAGUGACCUACACGUCACCCGAUCACAGUCCGGUGUAGCAUGUGGCUCCAUUCAUCACACACUUCAGAAACUGUAGGUUUUGAUAGAAGUUACUUUUGGGCUCUGAUCUGGAACAGGUUGGGUCAUCCACAUGAUGUUAGUCGUGUUGUACAGAUGUAUCUUCCAUGCCCAGAGAGAGAAAAAAAUGGAGAUUAAAGCUCAUACCUCACAUUGAUAGACAAACGUCUUAAGCAAACAAAGUGUCCAUUGUCUUUGUUAUUAAAGCUCUCCAUUUAGCUACUUGUUGACUUCAAAAGCCAAUAUUUUCACUGCACUAGGUAAUCCACUGUGAAAUUGGGUGCUAUUAGAUUUAAGAUUUAUUAUAUUUCUAAGUGCAUGAAUUUUGUUUCAGUGUUGCAAUCUGAAUCUUUUGUUGCAUUCUGGAUGUCUAUUCAUGAUCCAAAUUAUAAUUAUAGUUUUAAAUCAUAAAGGAUGGUCCUCUAUUUAAUUAGCUGGGGUUUUUUUUAGAUGUGGUAAAAUCAAAUACGAUUCAUUAUUGGCAUUAGCAUUUCUAUUAUGUAGCUUUUGUCAGAUUUUGAUUAUUAUUACAUUUUAUAAAUAAAAUUCCAUAAUCCUCAGCAUAAUUGAGAUAAACUAUAAAAACUGCUUAUAUAUCCUUUAUUCCAACCUGGAGAUAGAUGGGAUUUUUUUAGUGGUAUUUGCACUGUAUGCUAGGCCACAAUCCCAAAUUAGCGAUCCAUUAUUAUGUGUCACUGUCUUAGAAAAGUUUUAUUUUAUUAUUGAAUUUGCUAAAACUGCCUCUUUGUGUGAAACUGGUAUUUUAUUAUUAUUAUUAUUAUUAUUAUAUAUUUUAAUUGUAUAAUUUGUUGUGUACUGUUGAUCAUAUAUUUGAAAAUGAGAAAUUAGAAUAUGUGGUGCCAAAGUGUAAGGAAAUGAUUAAACAUCAAAACACUGCAAGCAAAAGCUGGGGGAAAGGUUAUCUCUGUUUAUGUAAACAGAUAGGGUUCGAAUCAGGCCUUUAGAGACAUUUUUUAUGAAUGUGUGAGAAAGGCAUGCCUUUUCUUGCAUGUAUUUCACAAAAUGAUCCCUGUCCUUAUUUGCAUUGCUUUUAUGUGAAAAUUACCAUGAGGAUAAUCUCUAGAGAUGGUCUGCAUUAGCUGCCAUUGGGAAAUAAUGGACAAAAGAGACAUUUAGAGUGACUCCCACUGGCUGGCAUGGUUGUGAAUCACGCUACAACAUUCAACUCAAUACGAAUUAUCCAAUAAAACUAGAUGUCUAAAGUAUGAAUAACUUCAUCUUGAGCUCCUGUAGAAAAUAAAUAGUGUCGUGCCGCUCUCAGUUUUAGCUCACAAUACGAGUUGAAUUCUGUAUUGAUCAUUUUAGGUUUGAUGAUCUCUACGCCAGUGGUUCUCAAACUGGGGGCCCUGAGAUGGUGUUAUAGGGGGGCCCCGGUUUAAUGACAUUUUAUAAAAAACAUUAAUUUAUCAUAAAUUCUGUGUAAUUAAACGUCUGAAAAAUAAGGCUAGUAACCAACAGCAAUACUUUGUAUAAUUUAUUAUGUUUUGUUUAAUUUAAAUUUACAUUUUUGGUAUCUUUUAUGUCAUACGUAUGCUUUGGGGAGCCACAAAGGGGAGCACCAUACACAGGGGGCCCGCACGCUGAGAAUUUGAGAACCACUGUUUAAAACGAUUCAGAUUCACAACCGAUUCACAUUUAUUACUGUGAUGCCUUUACGCCCAUUGUUCCAUUGGCGACCUAUGAGGCCUCUUUAUGCAAUGAAGCAAAGCUUGUUUAGCAUCUGUCAGCAUUGUCUAUGAAUACUCGCCCACUGUAAUAAAAGAUUUGUUGGUUCAACUUAAAAAAGUAAGUUUAAAUAUGAGUUGACUAAAAAAAAUUUCAUGUUCAAAUGUUUGAAUCAACUCAAAAUUUUAAGGCACUGCAGUCAAUUUAUUUAAAUACUUUUUAUUAUUAUUUUUUUUGUUGUUGUUUAAAUUUAGCUUAAAUAAAUUGAUUGCAACCACUUACCUUAAAAAAUUUAGUAAAAUGAAUAAAUCUUUUUUUCCAGUGUGUAAAAAAUUCUUUGCUGCCUUAAAUUUUUUUGUUGAAUCUACACUGUAAAAGAAAUUCCAUAAAAAAUUCCGGCACCUGGGGCGCGGGAAAAAUAACGUAAAAUAAAGGGCACAAUAAAUAACAGAAAUUCAUAGUCAUAUCAACUUACUCACUGUAAAAAAAAUGCAGCACCAAGUUAAAACAACUUGGUUUUUCAAGCCAAUUCAACUUACCUUUUUAAGUUUUGUCUUAAAAAAGUUGACAUAAACAAUUUCAGCUUGAAUUUAUAAUUUAACUUAAUUUUUAAGUUUAAGUAACAUAAAAAUAUGUGUUGCGUUGACAAAAAUGCUGCAAAUUGUUUACAAGAGCUUACAUCUCCAGUCACGAUAAAUAAUAGUAAGUUGAAAUGACUUGUAAAUCUGAGUUGACCAAACAAAAAAUUUAAGGCAGCAAAUAAUUUUUUGCAAUAAGUUGAACCAAAUGUUUUUUUUAGCAGUGUGCCAUUUUAAAAGCAUUUGCCCUUUUAGGGCAAUUGUUUGAGCUUUUAACUAGCAUGCUAAAGGCUACAAGGACAAAGCAUUUUGAAAAAAAAGAUUGUACGGUUAAGGCUGCAACUAAAGUGCCCUAUUCAGAGAGAAAAUAUUAAAAUGAAAGACCUUCAUUAUGCAGAUAAACAAUGACUGAUGAAUUACGAAAAGAGAGAAAGGGAGCUUUGUCACACAAGCUUAUAUUGUUGAUUGAUUUUAGGCUAAAUGAAACAUCCCGACCACCUCACAUUAAUAAUACGGUGCCUUCCUGUGUGCUUAAACAUUAAGAGAGCGGGAUCUCUGCAGAGCACUUAUUUCUUAUCACCAGAGGUUAUUAAAAAACAGAAAACAAAUAAAAAGCUUUCAUUCGGUUGUGCAAUGGAAAUCCGAACACAGUCCAAAUCCGGUCAUUUGUUUUCAUUGCAGUGUUGAUGCAACACCCAACAACAAGUACAUAUGUACAAAGGAUAAAGUAGAGUUGUACUGUAUAUAAGCACAAUCGUGUCCCAUUCCAGAACUAGAAUAGUGAUGUCUUGGAUUUGGGAUUAAAAUAGCUGGGACUUUUGGGUGAUAUGUGCACAAUCAAAUAGUCUGUCUGUAGAUGGAUUACUGUGUAUAGAUUUGCAUGUGAUGACAAAUUUAGCAGAUACAAAAUUAAGCACCAAGUCAGAUAUUUUUGUGUGAACUGGAACAUAACAAGAGAUAGACUUGGUACGACGAUAUUUUACGAAGUUAUUUCAGUGGAUAAACAGAAACAUAUUAUUUCAAAAAUAUUUAUGUGCAAGGGAGAUAAAAAUCUGCUUCAUCUUUAAAUAGUUCGGUUACGAAGAAACAAACGUGUGAACGAAAAGAGCAAGAAGCGUUUACUGAAUGUUUGUUUUGUUUACCUGGAUCUCUUUAUUCUAGAUCUAUUGAGCCUUGAGGGACCAACCAUUCUAAACAUUUCUUUUCAUGUUAUGUUUUCUGACUAGUCAAUAAAGAAUGAUGCAUUAUAA